GAGUGUGUGUGUGUAUAAUAUAUAAGAGACGGAGGACGGGUUUUCUUUCUUAUGAUAAAGUGAGGUUUGUAGUUCUCUCCGCAGCUUCUCGCCGGAGUUCUUCGCCGGAAUUUUGUUCGAGGGGGAAACUACUGAGGAGCUUAAAAAAUUCAUCAAGGUUGGAGAAGAUUCAAGGAGAGAAAAUUAGAUAAGGAAAAAUAAAGCAAAGACUCUUUUAUCAGAUCUGUUGAUUUUGGGGAACUUGGAUUCCAUGUCUUUGUUCAGUCUCUGUUUCGCUUUUUAAGCCUUUCUCGAAAGUUAUCAACUUUACCUUUCUUUCUACUGAGAAAAUGGGAGUGAAAGUAAAUGCGACCUCUUUUCAAUGGUCGCAGCCAAUUAUACCUCAUUCCCCUUCUUCCUCUCAAACCCUAGUCUCUGCAAUCUCAUCUCCUUCCUCUAAAAGAUGGUGCCGUUCUGAUGGAACUGGAGCUGUGGCGCUCGUCUGCCGAUACGUACACGGACUAGACCGGUUAGCUCUGCUUGGCACUUCUUCAACGAAGCUCCAGAGGUCUCGAUCUUGUGAGCAUCCGAAGUCGAGAGCUCACUCUAUAAAAAGAGCUUGCAGUGCAAGCUUAGAUGCCUUCUCGGACGAAGAAUUUUCCAAGAAAAUCCAAGAGCUGGCGCUCAGAUUUCGGCUCUCAAAUGAUGAUGAUGACUAUAGUAGUAGCGAAGUGGAUUCGGGAUCAGAGGUAGUCUCAGAUUCUAGAGAUAAUCACGGCGUGAGUAGAGCAGAAAGUUACAAUAGUGUCACUGAAGAAUCUUCAAGUUUACAGAAGCAGAGACAAUUCCCUCUGGAUUCUGUAGAGCCUCCGUGGCCAGAAAUCCAACAAGAGCCACCGGAUUGGUCCGGAAGGGAUUAUACUAUUCCAGCGAGUAUCGAACGGAAGGCUAACAAAGUUGACCUUCCGCUUUCGCUUCGAAUGAUAAAGAGAAAGAUGCAAUGGCAAGAGGGAUUCAGGGAUGCAGGGGAAUCUGCUUAUUGUUCAGUGAAAAAGGCGUUCUCUUCCAUGGUGUUUAUAAUUCGAGAACUACAUAGCUAUGCUUUGCAUAUGAGAGAGCUUCUAUUCACUGAAGAUUUGCAAGGGAUUAUUGUUCGGGUGCAGAAAGAAAUGCACGCUUCCUUCGUUUGGUUAUUUCAGCAAGUGUUUUCACAUACACCGACUCUGAUGGUGUAUGUGAUGAUUCUUCUUGCAAACUUCACCGUAUAUUCUAUGGGCUGUAACACCGCAAUUGCAGCCUCACCAUCAGUUGGGUCUUAUGCAGCCCCCAACGAAAGUGUCUCAAUUGUUGAAAUUCAAGACCAAAAGAAUCAAAAGUUUGAUUCUUCCUCAGUAAAAACGUUUUCAAUAUUUUCCUCAAGUAGCAAAUCAACUUCUAUUGGGGGUAACAAUGGCGGUGGUGGCAAGGUCCGGCCAAUUGCCAGCGGAACUGACGGCGAUGGAUGGUUCGACCGUUCGGACGAAUUUAGAACAAUCGUUCCUGAUGGUGCUUCGCAUCUAACCUCUCUAGGGACUACAGGGGAGACACAGUCUGUAUCAGGGCAAGCAACGAGAGAAGAGGAGUUAAGCGUAUGGAAUUCCAUUGUAGACGAAGCUUCAAAAAUGCAAGUUCUUGAUCAUGAGACCAUGCAGAAAUUUGUUUCACCAAUCAAAGCAAAUGUUGAGCCGGAUGAUUAUGCAGAUUAUUUUAGAACAGAGCAACUAUAUCAAACGGGGUUGACCCAAGACCCUAAUAAUCCUCUCCUCCUCGCCAAUUAUGCUCAGUUCCUCUACCUCGUCGCCCGUGACUACGACAGAGCGGAAGAUUACUUUAAGAGAGCAAUUGGAGUAGAGCCGCCAGACGCUGAGGCCUACAGCAAAUAUGCAAGUUUUCUAUGGAGGGUAAGAAAGGACUUGUGGGCAGCAGAGGAAACCUUCUUGGAAGCCAUUAACGCUGACCCUACAAAUUCUUAUUAUGCUGCCAAUUAUGCCCAUUUUUUAUGGAACACAGGCGCCGAAGAUACUUGUUUCCCUCUUAGCGCCCAAGAUAACAACCAAGAACUCUAAUGCACUGAAAAAAAAAAAAAAAAAAAAAAAAGGAAAACUUUAAGGAAUAGAUCCUAUCAGUUAUCAUCGCCCUGCCCAUCUCUCUUUGUUUUCCACUUCUAGGGUCUUGUCUGAGAAAGAAGUUAGUAAAAUUAAUAAAAAUAAAAGAAAGAAAAAAAAAAAGAGAAUUCGUUAUUUAUUAUUAUUUUUUUUACUACAAAUUUUCAUUGGGGGGCGGUGUGUGGAAGGUGGGAUGCACGUGACCGACGAGUGAGUUUUGGAAGAAUCAUACAGAGAGAUGGCAACAUUCACCGUGCACUGGGCUUGGCGUGUCUUCUGCUGGCAAUCUCGAUUGCCGGCAAAGUGUAAUUAUCCAUUUUGUUAAUAUACAUUGCCGUUUUUAAUUA